UUCAAGGCUGUCUCUAGGGCGGUAAAGACGACCUCCAAAAGUGUAGAAGUACAACAGAAGGGUGAAUACAGGUAGAACAAGUCAGUAGGUGUCUACGGAACCUUAAAGUGUACGGUAUCAGUUAGAAACGAAAUCGUUUAGAAUUAUUUAACACAAGAUAUUGGAUGGCGAAGAACGGCUGCUUUCAGUGCUUUAUCAGGACAUGUAUCCUCAUAUUUUUUACAUCAAAUUCAAUCGGUUUUACAUUUGGUGGUGAUGUAAUUGUUGCAACUGCAAACAAUCCUCCGUUUAUUGGAAUUUCUAACAUAACGAUUGAUGACACAACCAUCAAUCUUACACCCAUUCCAGCAAUGGUCACGAAACCUUAUGGCAUUGUUUAUGAUGGAAUAGAUUCAAUGGUCUAUUGGGAAGAUGUAGCCCUUGAUACAAUCGAAAAAUAUUCUGUUGAGGAUAAAACGCAUGAUUAUUUCAUUACUGAUGUGGACAGUAAUGAAGCCAGAAAUGGUAUUGAAAUUGAUGUCAUUAAUCGAAAAUUGUACUGGGUGGACGAUGGAGGCACUUCUAUUUAUGUCAUUAACCUGGAUGGAACUGAAAGAAAGAAAUUUUUUAACGACUCUGAAAUCAUUCGAUUUGACAACUUACGAAUAGAUUCAAAAAACAGGUAUUUGUACUGGGUUGGUACUGAUAUCAACAAGUAUGUUAAAAUCGAACGAGUUUGCUUAGACGAUAUAAGUAUCCGAGAAAACAUAACUGAUGCUCGUCGCAGUGUAACAGGUGGCUUGUCAAUAUCAAAAACUGGUAAAUUGUACUGGUAUGAUGGAGGCCCAACCACUAUUUGGGAAUGUGAUCUAGAUGGAACGAAUGCAAGGCAGGUUACAAACAGUGCUUACACUUUAAAUACACAGGUUUACGGAAAUUAUGUGUACUAUAAUAGUGCUAUUUAUGAUGGCAUCGGCCGAGCUGAUAUUGAGACUGGCCAAAAGAUGGAGCUGUAUGAGAGUGAAUUGCAUACAAUAUUCAUAUACUCUGAGGACAGAUGCAAUGUCGACUGCUUAAACGGCGGAGUUUGUGUCACAUCAGUUAAUAACACUCAGUCUUGUCAGUGUCCCAUUGGGUUUGUUGGACCAACGUGCAAAAGAAUUACUGGGUAUUGCAAUUGUGUUAAACAUCAGACGCAAAAUUAGAACACAAUACUUCAAUGAGAUAUUACUUUGUAAAAUUGAGCGAACACAGCAGUCCAGUACUUCAAAGUCUCCAUUGGCUGCCGGUGCAGCACAGGAUGCUGUAUAAAAUUCUUACAAUUAUAAAUGUAACAAUGCAGUGAACCACAGUACAUAGCUCAUCUAGUAAGCGACCACAAAAUAGAAAGGACAUUCCGUUCAUCUUUGCAGCAUCAAAGAACAAGUACAAAGAACAAGAUCAUCUAUUGGCACCUAUGGUGACGGUGUAUUUACAGCAUCAUUUCCACUUCUCUGAAUGUCUCCCACAAGUUCGCAACACCAAUAGUAUAGACUUUGUAUAAUUCACGACUGAAUACGCAAUUUUUUUUCUUCUGAUUAUCGAUGUAGGUUGGCGAUACUAAGAAAGGUCUUUCUGCUAGUAGUCACUAUAACUCCAAAAGUAGAGUUAAUAAAAAAAAGGUAUAGAAUGACUUUUUUUUCUUAAUAUUUACUCCAAUAUUUUUACUCCCCAAAGGAGUAUUACUACCCCCACCCCCUUUCUUUAGAGUUAUAUUAACCGUAGUAGACUACAAAUAAAUUUAAAAAAAAAAAACUACAAAAAACACUAUUCUUUGUUACCCUUUUAUUUUUUUUAAAUAAUUCUAAACAAAUACAGACUUUACGGUAAUCUUUUCUUCACUACAUUUUCUUACAUUUUACCAUGUACUAGUAAUGUCAAUUUCAUACUGGAAAGAAUAAAUUAACAAUGAUUAAUUUCGAGUUAAAGACAGCCACUAAACACAGCAGUUUGUUCAGACAGACUGGACUGCAAUAGUUCAAAAUAUCUUAGUACCUAGCCCAGUGUUUUUCAGUGAAGAUGAUAAAUGUGAUUGGUCCAACAAGAAUAUUUGCAAAUUGUCAUACAAAACUUUUUGUAAUAUUUCUAGUAGGUUUGAUGUGACAUGGUUCUCAGUUAAAUUUAUUCUAGUUCCUUUAAGAGUUUUUGUACGAUUACACACUUGUUAGCUUC